AGUAUUACGUUAGAGAAAACUUGUUAUUCAUAAAAAAAUUUCUUUUAGCAAUUAAUUGAUCAUUGUAUUAUCAAUCAUGUACAGACUUCCGGAAAGUUGUCGGUCUGACGGACAUGACUGAAAAAUUUGGACGCAAUCCACUGUUUCUUAAUCUGUCAGUCCAGAAAAUUGCAACAUCUCAGACAAAACAUAAAAAUGGCAUCACUAACAUAUUAUGCUUGAGCAGAACCGGGAAAGAAACAUAAAUUAAUGCCCCACAAUCAUAGUGAAAAGAAAAAAAAAUGUACGAAAAUAAGAGGGUUGACUGAACAUUUAACAAGAAAUGGACUGAAAAUUGCACCUGGCUCGUAUAUAAUGGAGAAAAGCAACAUGUGGUGCACUGACAUUUUUUUCAGUCUGGCAUAUUGUUUUUUACGGUCCGCCAGACUUUUAGGCAUUGAUGGACCUAAUGUCCGGCCAUUUUUUUCCAACUUUCCGGAAGUCUGCAUGUAUGGAAGACACAAUUACCUCAAUAAAGUCGAUUUUAUAAGCCCAAAGGGACGUAUUAUGUUAUGACCCGGGAGUCCGUCUGUCUGUCCGUAUGUUAUCAAUUUCGUGUCCGCUCAGUAACUCUUGAACCCCUUGAAAGAUUUCAAAGAAACUUGACACAAAUGUUCACACAAAUGUUCACCACAUUGAGACGACAUGCAGAGCAUAAUGUUCUGGUUAGCUUGCUUCAAAGUCAAGGUCACACUUAGGGGGCAAAGGUCAUAUGACUUUGUUUCGUGUCAGCUCUGUAACUCUUGAACUGCUUAAAGGAUUUUAGAGAAACUUAGCACAAAUGUUCAUCACAUCAAGACGACAUGCAGAGCGUAUAAUUCGGAUUGCUCAUUUCAAGUUCAAGGUCACACUUAGGAGUCAAAGGUCAUGUGAUUUUGUUUCGUGUCCGCACUGUAACACUUGAACUGCUUGAAGGAUUUUAAAGAAACUUGCCUGGCACAAAAGAUCACCACAUCAAGACAACAUGCAGAGCACAUAUUUCGGAUGGCUCACUUCAAGGUCAAUGGUACACUUAGGGGUCAAAAGUCAUGCGUUUGGGCCUAUGUUGCUCCGCAUUGCGGUGCUCUUGUUAAUAGCCAUUGCUUAUGACUGCACAUGUGCUUGGACCAUCAGCAAGGCUUGGAGCUGAAAUCUGCCAGAUACUACGUUUGUCAGGUCCAUUGAAAAAACAGUAUUCACAGGAGAAUGGGUUGGAUUAUGAAGAACUCCUUAAUGCUUCAGACUAUAAGGAAAUCUACCGGGCUGACAUGAUCAAAUGGGGAGAGGAUAAAAGGAACAAAGAGCCAUACUUCUUCUGCAGGAAGACGGUAGAAGGAGCUGAUGUGUUGAAACGCGUGUGGAUUAUCUCAGACGCUCGCAGACAGACAGACGUACAGUUCUUCAGAGAACAUUACCCGGAUGUUGUAAUGUUUGUGAGAAUCUCAGCUUCUGAGAGUACACGGCACCAGAGAGGAUUUGUCUUUACACCAGGUGUAGAUGAUGCAGAGUCGGAAUGUGGACUUGACACUGGUGUGGAAUGGGACUUUGUGGUGGAGAAUGACAACAAUGAACAGGUUUUUAAUAUACAGGUUGAACAAAUUCUAAAUUGUGUAAAGAAAAUGUUAGAUAGAUGACUUUAACUGUGUGUCCUUUGGAGGUAGUAUCCCGACCAGACACUUAUCUAGACAAAGCUACUGAUUGCUACAAAAUUUAAUUUCUUUGAAGUGAUGUCAAAAAUUAAAUUUCUGUGAAGUGAUGUCAAAAGACAGGUGACGUGACAGAAGAGUGAUAUUCAUAUUUCUUUGGUUUUGUAAACUGUCGGAUAAAGUUUUAUAUUUUGAAGCUUGAAUCAGUUGUUGAGAGUUUUGUCUAACGAUCUUGAUGAAAUUUUAUCAAGGGAGAUAAUCAGUACGGGGAUAUAGCAGAGAUAUUCUCUACCGAGAUAUUUAUAUGUUUCAACAAAAAACAGUUGAAAGAUGAAAGAGAUAUAAUAAAUGUUGACUACAAAGUGCAAAGUAAACAUAUAAACAAAAUAGUGAUGUAUGCUACAUAUUUGCUUAGUGAAUGUUUAAAAGAAACAGAACUUAUCUGAGUGAUAUAAGUACAAAUUAAUUAAUUAGAGUACCGGUAACAUCUAAUAUCCAUUGAAACUGUGAAGCAAAGAUAUAGAGGAGAUUGCAUAAUGGGUUUAUUAGAUAGUACAUGAAAUACAGGUACAUAAAACUUCAAAAUAUUUUGUAUGUUGUAUAUUUAUUAUUCAAGUAAAUUAUUGAAUAAGAUUUGUAUGAAAAUUGCAGUAGUUGCAUAUUGCUGAUGUUCUGUAAGUGGAUAUAAGUAAAAAAAAUACCUUGUUGAAAUAAAAACAGAAUUGUUAAGAUAAAAAGAAAUCUGCAAAAUGCUCCAAAAAAUAUCAUAUGGUGAUGUUUUUAAUGAAUCCACUUCAAAAAAUUAUUAAACUCUUGGAAUGUUGCAUGGUAACCUAAUGGAAAUUCCAAAACACCCAUGCACCAUUAGAAAACAGAUAUUUAUGGCUAAAAGUUUGAUGA